AUUGUUGCAACUUAAGCCAGAUCAAUAACAAAUUUUUAUGUAUGACAGAUAAAGUUCAAACUAAGAUUGAUAAAAAGGGAAUAAUAGGCGACAGUAAAAAUGACGACUCUUGGGAAGAAGAAAUCUGUACAACAACUCCCUGAGCAAACAAUGACAAAAGCAGAGAUAGCAGAAUGUAUAUUUGACAAAACAACUAAAGGAUGGCGAGGGACAACUAAUAUGACAGCCACUGCUGUAACAAAGUUUUCCAAACUUCGUAAAAACAAGGAGAAACAGAUGGCACAGCAAGACAAGGAGAAAUCUCGAUUUAAGAUGAAACAGAUUGACGAUGAUUAUAAUGUGGAUCUGGACAAUGAUGAAAAUGAUAGUGAUGUCAGUGUAUCUGAGGAUGUCGUCAAUGAGGUACCAGUAGUGACUCGUCCAUUCUCUGGAAAUAAAAAAGAUGUUGACGAAAGUGGAUCCUUGAAGUACGCCUCCUGGAGGUGUCCUGGUGUCUAUAAGCCUGAAAGGGUGAAAGAUUUUGAGUUUGAAAAGCCUGAGCCUCAAUUCUCCUCUGCCAGUUUCACAUCCCCAGCUCAGCAGGUGCUUCGUCUUGGGAAAGUCAUUGAACAGAAGGAGAAAGACAUUGAUUAUCUCCGAGAUGCUUUGUUUAAGUCGCAGAGAGAGAAUUACAAGCUAUGUAAACAGAUUGAAGGGUACUCUGGCAAAGAUUAUGACAGCCUUAAGAAAGAGAACCUGAUCUUGAAAGAACAACUAACCAGAGUCAUGCGCGAAAAUGCCAGACUUCACGGAGAAAAAUAUAAGGACACAAAUCACAUAUUCCAUAAGUUAAAAAUAGAGGAAAAACUUGAAGAACAGUAUGGGGUUAAAAAUAAAAAUAUCCCUAAACCAAAAAUAGCAAAGACUUUAUAUGACGAAGACACUGUCAAUCUAGAAAAUACAAGAAAUCUGAACUCUAGUAAAGAUGGCAGUAACAGUAGUAUAGACAAUCUGAAUACCUCCCACAGGUCUAAUACCUCACCAGGAAAUCGAUCAAAAAAUAUCAGUGGCUUAAAAUAAAUGUGUAUGGCAUUGUUAUGGUUUCCAUUUUUGUGACGGCGCUUGGUGAUCGGGGGUUGGCAGUUGGUGGUUGGCUGUUUGUAGUUGGUGGUUGGCGAUUGGUGUCUGUAACAAUUUCUUACAACU